AUGUUGCUGUACUUUCGUCGAUACCCUCUCUACGUCUUCAUCGCCGUACAAAUUGUUCUUUUCCUCUUCUACUACACCUCCAAGAAUUCUUCAUGCUUCUUUAGUGCAUUAACGCCCAAAGCUGACUAUGAGUGGAUCUCCUCGCAGAAAUACAUUCUCGGCGAGGAUGGAAGACGACAGUACUCAUACGACCAUAAUAUGCCACUCAUCUUCAUCGGCGGCAUGCCUCGCAGUGGCACAACACUGCUCCGAGUGCUGCUUGACGCACACCCCGAUAUUCGGUGUGGCGAGGAGACGCGGGUCAUUCCACGCCUCCUCAGCUACCGAAUGUCCUGGAUGAAGGCGCCCUUUGAGUCGAAGCGACUGGAGGAGGCAGGCAUCACCGCCGAAGUGCUCGACUCUGCCAUUGGCUCCUUCAUUCUCGAAAUCAUCGUCAGGCACGGCAAGCCAGCCCCUCGUCUGUGCAACAAAGAUCCCUUUACUUUACGUUCCGCUGUCUAUCUGCAAUACCUCUUUCCAAAUGCCAAAUUUAUUUUUAUGAUUCGAGACGGCCGGGCAGUGGUGCACUCGAUCAUCUCUCGACAGGUGACAAUUUCCGGUUUCGAUCUGUCCAGCUAUCGACAGUGUCUCAAAAAGUGGAACUCCGCAAUGAGCUCAAUGUAUACUCAAUGCUCUAAAUUGGGGCCGAGUGUCUGCCUUCCGGUGUACUACGAGCAGUUGGUUCUUCAUCCAAAGCAAUGGAUGCAAAAGAUUUUAAACUUUCUCGAUGUCUCCUGGAACGAGACUGUUCUACAUCAUGAGAAGCAUAUCGAUAAUGGUGAUAUUUCGCUUUCAAAGCUUGAAAGGUCAACCGAUCAAGUGAUCAAGCCCAUUAACAUUGAAGCGCUGAGCAAAUGGGUUGGCCACAUACCGGCUGACGUCGUCGAGGAGAUGGAUCAAGUUGCGCCGAUGUUACGCAGGCUCGGCUAUGAUCCCAGCGGUACGCCAAACUACGGCGAACCGGACUCGUUUGUGAUGGAGAACAUGCACGAGCUGAAUAGGAAUCGUGAUAACUGGAUCAACAAAGAGGAGCAAAUGAAGGAGCAGCGAAGUAAACUCCGGGAGCGCAUCAUGACCUCAAGUGCCCAGAAGAAGAAGUCUAGUGAGCCGCCCGCCUCUUCCGAUUCUUCAAUCUAG